GAACUAAACGGUCAACAUUACAAAGGAGCCCUAAAGGAAAUACCAAUUCGCGGUAAAGCUCCCCGCCUCAUCAGCCCAUUAUCCUGCCAGAGGCCACACGGCGAUGGCGGUGGCUGUGGCGGUUGCGGGAGUGACGACGACCAACCGUUCCUGCUGCCUCGCCUCCGCUCACCGGAGGACUCUGCAUCGCCACCGGCAUCCUGCUCCGCCGCGCGCUUCGGGGGCGGUGGAGGUGCGGGUCUGCACGAACCGCACGUGCGCGCGGCAGGGCGGGCGCGAGGUCCUCGCUGCGCUCGCGGGCCUCGCGCCCCCGCGCGUCGACGUGGAUUCCUGCGGGUGCCUCGGCCGCUGCGGCGCGGGGCCCAACGUCGCCGCCUCCGUCGGCGGGAGCAUCGCGGUGUUCGGCCACGUGGGCACGGCGGCGCGCGGCGCGCAGCUCCUGGAGCACCUCCUCGGCGCUGCGGAGUUCAACGCGGCCGCGGAGCUCGCCGCACUCGCCGCGCGGGAGAAGGCCGAGGCUGCCCUCGAGAAGGGAAGCGCGGCUGAAGCGGAAGUCCUUCUGAAUGAGGUUUUUGGGCUCAACGCUUGUGGUGGUAUGCAUUUGGUGUACAGGAGCAGGUCUAAGACGAGACUAGCAAUAGGGGAUAUCUCUGGUGCGCUUGAGGACGCCGAGGAAGCAAUAAGAAUAUCCCCCAGAUUUAUUCAGGCUCACUUGUUGCGAGGGGAUGCGCUUCUUGCAAUGGGUGAAUAUUGUGCUGCAGAAGAUGCUUAUGCAGAUGCUUUGGAUCUUGAUCCUUCUAUUCGCCGGUCCAAGUCUUUCAAGGCCCGGGUGGAACGGCUACGAGAGAAGCUUGUCAGUGCCACUAAUCCAUAGCUCAUUUUGAAACUUCCUCCCCAUCAGAAGUUCCACCCAACAAGUAAUAUAGAUAUGUAAUUGGUAGGUCUGAAUUGCUCGAUGCAAAGCAUUCAUAGUUAGCUACAUCCCUUUAGGUUAGCUGUGCACAGCGUACAGUCUCUUUUUUAUCAUUGUUUGUCGAUCUCAUAUUUGGAAUAAAUGGGAUGAUGAGAUUAAGAUGUUGGCAAUCCCUUUUUGGGUUUUGUGAAAUGUAAGAUGUUGAUGAUCGAAAUGUGAAGGUAAUCAUGUUCACACA